GGCCCAGGGUUCCCUGAGGAACCAGAUCCUCUUCAAGGACCUUAACGUCUUGCAAGUCUGCGAGAAAGAUGGAUCUUUGGGUCAGCUGGUUCAGCAGUCGUCGCGGUUCACAGGACUCAACCAACAUGGUUAUGUCUUCAGAGACGAUUUUGAGGACCACAAACUCAACGACGACAUCUGGAGUGAGGUGCGUGGGGGAUCUGUGGGUCGUGGUGCAGGCAAGAUCAUCCAUGGGUCAGCUUUGACCUUCACAACCCCUGACGCUGCAGUACACACACACGCCAUGGACCUCUCCAGGGCACGACAGCUGCAGUUCGCCCUGGGUACCGGAAACUGCCCGGGAGAGAUGAAAGUCGAGCUGGUAUAUGGAAGAGUCUCUCACGAUGGCCAAGCUAAGCUCCUGGCUCCACAAGACCAAUCCCAGCUCCUAACCUCUGAAGAUCAGGCCCAGUUUCUGGUCUCUCCUAAGAAAUACCACACCCACGGGCCAGUAGUGAGUGCUUAUGUCGGUGAGAGCGGCAGUGGUCUGGGACCUGACUGGGACAACAACACUAUUGCGAACUUGACAAGUGACGAUGGAUGGGGCAGUGGAGAGACAGACAAUUCUACACUGGAUGACGUAGGGUACCUAUCUGACCAGCCCGCCGAGGGUGCUCCUGCAGAACUUCUGUUGGGGGCUGACUGCUCGUCGUGGGAGCCAGUGCACGUCUUCAGGUAA